UCAGUAACGGAAGCGUUUGCUGAUCCAUGACAGAUCCAGCAAAAAUCCCCCCAGACCCACUACGCAGUGCGGUCUCACUGGUUUAACAUGAGCCGGCUGUGGCUCACACGGCGGCGCGGUACGCAACCAGACUGUCCUAAACACAGUGGUCGUACCCCAUUACGGACGAGGGUCCGCUGACCAGAACUUCCAGAUUCUCGGCAGAGAAUGGGCCUAUAAUACGCUCUAAUGGUAAAAGUAACAGCGCACAAGGUUCUCUGGAAUAUUUCGGAAAUCAAUGGAUAUUUUGUUGUGGAACAGAAUCGCCUACAAAAAUAAAUAAAAAAAAGUGUCAGUGUGAACUACGCCCGUACAGGGCACUGGGGUUUUGCCUGUAUUUGUGUGGAUUGAUUUCGCCGCUUUAGGAAGUGACCAGUAGAACUGGGAUGUCCUGGGAGUACAGGAGGCAGUGUCUGACAUGACAGGCUGGCUGCAUAAUGAGGACACUCCCCUCCCCGGCUCCAGUCUCCGGGUUUUCCCUGCCGCCGGUAGUAGCUCACAGCUCUGUGAGUCCCUUUUUUUCUUGUUGUGUUUCUGUUACUCAUCGCCAUCUUGUUGCAGCCCUUUUCUUGUCUGGACGAUCAGUGGGGGGAUCGGGGUGACAUCUCAGCCGUGUGGCCGCCUUGUAUGUGGGAUUGGGGAUCCGCUCGGCCAGUGGUGGAGGGUGAGGACGCUCGGCACAGCCCCUGUAUGUGUGACUGAUUCCCGGAGGCAGAGAAGACUUGCCGGAGACAUGAGCCUGGAGACACUAUUACAGGCAGCCCUGUUCCUGGAAUGGCAAGCCCAGCAGCAGCAGCAGAGUACACGUGAGGAAAAUGAUAAUAUUGUGCUGGAACAGGAGGAAGAGGAGGAAGAAGAGGAAAAAGAGAAAGAAAAGCAAAUCAUUUCUCGAAAAGAAGAACUGGUAAACCAGGCCCCCCCUGAUCCUGCUUCUCCACCAGCGCCUGCACCUCCUCCACCCCCACCUCCUCCUCUACCUACUCCAGUAACAGUCAUCCCCCUUUCUGUGGUAACCAACACUCCUCAACCAGUAGUCCAAACAUCUUUGUCACCUCCUGUUGUUCAGCGCCAGCCAGCUUUCGUCAACCCACCUGUUAUCAACAAAGAUGUAUCCCUGGCUCCAGUCAUCCAGAGACCACAAGGCCCUGGACUACCAGAGAUCAAGUCCUCACCUUUGAGUGUAGGAAGUCCGAAGCAGUUGCACCCUUACCCAACCCCAGUGCUGGCAAUAACACACCACCAUAUUGUGCAGCAGCAACAACAGCAACAACAUCAGCAACCUAUACAGCCCCAGCCAACAGCCCUACAGCACCCACAGCAGCAGCCUCCAGCACAACCCUUGGGUGCUCUUAGACUAUCUUCAGCAGAUGAUGGAAGGCCAAAUGAGCAGAGAAGGCGACCUGGAGGGGCUGGCACUCGGGAAGUUCAUAAUAAAUUGGAGAAAAACAGACGAGCGCAUCUUAAGGAAUGUUUUGAGACGCUAAAAAGGAACAUCCCAAAUGUAGAUGACAAGAAGACUUCCAACCUCAGCGUGUUAAGAAGUGCUCUCAGAUACAUUCAGAGUCUGAAAAGGAAAGAAAAGGAUUAUGAGCAUGAAAUGGAACGUCUGGCGAGGGAGAAAAUAGCCACACAGCAGCGGCUGGCCGACUUGAAGAAUGAACUCAGCCAAUGGAUGGAUAUUAUGGAGAUUGACCGAAUUGUACGCCAGAAUGUUCAACCAGAGGAUGACCAGGCUUCUACCUCAACAGCUUCAGAGGGUGAAGACAACAUUGAUGAGGACAUGGAUGAUGAUAGACCUAUUAACGCCUUACAGAAACGUCAACAGCUAGAGCUUUUGAAGAUGGUACCAUCCAACGCAGCUUCCCUCAACCAUCAUUCCACUGUUCUGCCUCAGCACGUCUCCAUUCAACAGAAGCAAGUCCCCUCUCCCCACGCACAGCCUCUCUCCAGCCAAGCACUGAUCCCACCUCAGGCAAUGGUGCCAGCACAGACUCAUAUUGUUGCUGCUUCAACGGUGCAGUCAACUGUGAUUGCCCACACGGCCACCACUCAUGCCUCUGUCAUCCAGACUCUCAACCAUGUCAUCCCAGGGCCUCAGACAAAGCACAUUGCUCAUAUUGCACCUUCCACGUCAAGCCCUGUACAGCUAACCACUGCUGCUCAGCCAAUCGGCCACAUCACUGUGCACCCAGCCGCCAUUAAUCAUAUGACCCAUCUUGGCCAGCAGUUACCCAUCUACCCCCAGUCUGUUGCAGUAAGUCAGCCCAUGAUGAGCCACAUUGCUCACACCAUUUCCCACCCACAAGUAAAUGGAACCACAAACCUGGGUCAGCCUACCGUCAUGGCAAAGCCAACUGUAGGUACCCAGGUGGUCCACCAUCCCCAAUUAGUUGGGCAAACUGUCCUGAACCCGGUGACUAUGGUAACCAUGCCAUCAUUCCCUGUCAGCACUUUGAAGCUAGCCUAAAACACUCAAAAAAUCUAAGAAUUAAUUAAAUAAAUUAUCCACCGGACAUCUGAAACUCCAUACAUUCCUAUCCAGUCAUGUUCCAAGGAAGACGAGACACUUCUUGACAAAGGUUCCAAUCCAAAUUUUUUAAUUGGCUUUGGAAAAGACGUCAUGCGUUAUGAGAUAGGCCUAUGUAUGACAAACCACCAAGGGCCCAAUGUGCUGGAAUUUGACCAUUCUCAUUUGUUUCAGUGACUGUCACUCAUGAUGACUUUUUAUUUACUCCUACCAAUAAUCAGUGAAUAGAAAAUGAGACUUUAAUUUUUACCUUCUACUCCACUCACACUUAUUUUAUUCAGUUUUUUUUUUUUUUUUUAAUGUGUAUCUGUAACAUACAAAACUUAUGACCUCUUUCUAAUAUAAGCGAUUACGUUGAAAACAAUAAGCAUCAUGUUGAUUUAUAAUGUCAUUGAGGUGACUGGUGCAGAACGUAUACACUAAUAAAAGAACAAAAAUACCA